AUGACACAAGGACUCAUGAUUCCGCAGCUCCCAUCAAUCCUCCAACAAGAGCAAGCCCUGACCCUACCACGGUUCACGGCCGACGACGCUUUCGAGAUUGGCGUGGGUCUUCGGGAACGGCUUCGCAACCUGUCAGAGAAGCCUGCCGUGGUCAACAUUGCAUUGGCCAACAGCAACAAUCUACUGUUCCAUGCUACCUCGCGCCCAGGCAUUCUUCCCGACAAUGACGUGUGGGUUGCACGCAAACGAAAGACUGUCCUAAGGUUUGGUAUCUCUUCUUGGGCCAUGGGCCGGAAAAUGGGUGGCGACGAGGCGGCAUUUGCUGCCAAGUUCAUGCUCGGAGACAGUGCAGGUGAAUAUGCCAUCCAUGGCGGCGGCGUGCCGGUAAGGGUCACAGGCGUUGAGGGGAUUGUUGCUGUCAUCGUCGUGUCUGGCCUGAAGCAGAAUGAGGAUCACCAGGUGGUCAUUGAGGCUUUGGAGGCGUUUGCACGAGCAUUGGGGAGCAUCAAAGCCUGA